AUUCACUUAAAAGCCUUUUUUUUCUUUUUUCUCUUUGAAAUUUUAAAUGCUUUUUUUUAUCUCAACAUGUCAACCACUCUACAAUAAUAAGUGAAGAAGGAGAAGAAGAAACUCAAUGGAAAAGGAGAACCUCAUGGAACGUAUCGUGAUAACAGAAAGUUGUAUCAAAGGUGAAUCUGGCAUCAGCGAAGCUGACAAAAGCAAAGAAGAUAAAGUUUUAAUCAUUGAAAGUUGUUUAGAUGGCGAAUCCGGUGUAACUGAAAUCGAAAAAAGCAAAGAAGAAAAAAUUCUAGUUACAAAAAGUUGUGCAGGAGAUGAAUCCCGAUUAUGCAAACUCAACCUAAACCAAGAACCAUAUGAGGGUAUGCUAUUUGAAUCCAUGCAAGCAGCAAAAGCUUUCUAUGAUGAUUACGCUAAACGCAUGGGUUUUUUAACACGAAUUAUCUCGUCCCGAAAGUGUGAGCUCGAUGGAUCGAUCAUCCAUCGUCGACUUGCAUGUAACAAAGAAGGUUUUAAUCAGAACAGACAAAAGAGUACUCGUGUUCGGAUUCGAAAGCGAGAGAGCAAACGAGAAGGGUGCAUGGCGAGGAUGAACGUGAAGAGAGAGAAACCCGGGAAAUACAUAAUCACGAAAUUCGUUAAGGAGCAUAAUCAUCCUCUUUUUGUUACCUCAGGAAAAGAUCAACCAUAUACUGAUGACAAAGAUAAGAAAAUCCAGGAAUUAUCAUCCAAGUUGAAUCAGGCAAAUGAAGAAUUAGUGUCUUGUAGGGAACAAUUAUGUGCAUUUUUGGCCUCCAUCGAGGAACAAGCAAACCAGUUAUCGAAAAAAGUCGAGGGUGUGGUUCGAAACAUCAAAGAAGUUGAAUCUAGAGAUCAUCACAGUCAUAAUUUGUAGCAUUCAUGGUGUUCAAGAUAAUGGAGAAUUAUGUGCCUUUUUUGGCCUCCAUCGAGGAACAAACACACCGGUUUUCGAAAACGAUCCAGGGUGCCAUUCGGAACAUCGGUGUGGUUGAAUCUAGAGAUCAUCACAUCCAUUAUUUUGUAGCAUUCAUGAUGUUCUACCCUUCGAUAAAUCUCUAAAAAGGGUAAGUAACUUCUCGCAAGUAUAUUAUUUUUGUUGUGUAGAUCUCAUAGGUUUUGUACAUUGGUUUUAUGCUGUUAAAUCUUUAUGGUCAAUGAGAGAUCGGGACACAAGAUAUUUAUACAUAUAUAUUUAAUGUAUUUCAAAAGUUUUUAGAAAUUUAUGUUGCCAUAUUCGGUAAAA